UAUUGGCUUGAGAGAUAUCACGUGAUAACCACCAUUUGGAUAUAGUCCAAACAUCCCUCGUUUUGGUUAUUAUAUAAAGCGUAAGGCUCUAUUGCGCUGAAGCAAGCAUUGUUGUAGUAGUGUUUGUGUCUCCACUUUUGCACAGAAAAAUGGUGGUGAAGGUCUAUGGUCCAGUGACGGCAGUUUGCCCUCAGAGAGUUAUAGCUUGUCUCAUUGAAAAAGAUGUGGAGUUCGAAGUAAUACAUGUAGACCUCGACUCUAUGGAGCAGAAGAAACCCGAGUUUCUCACUAAACAGCCGUUUGGACAAGUUCCAGUAAUAGAAGAUGGAGAUCUCAGGCUCUUUGAGUCAAGGGCAAUCAUAAGGUAUAUUGCUGCUAAAUAUGCUGACCGUGGUCCGAAUCUUCUUGGGAAUACUUUGGAGGAGAAAGCAAUGGUGGAUCAAUGGCUUGAAGUGGAAGCUCACAACUACAAUGACUUGGUGUUCAGUAUUGUAUUUGAACUACUCAUCCUCCCACGAAUGGGUAAAGUGGGGGAUAAGGCUUUCGUUUAUACCUGUGAGCAAAAACUUGCAAAGGUGCUUGACAUUUAUGAGGAAAGGUUGUCAAAAAGCAAAUAUCUUGCCGGAGAUUCCUUCACCCUAGCCGAUCUCAGCCACCUUCCGGCAACCAGAUACCUGACAAAUGAAGCAGGAAUGGGGCAUCUUGUGAGAGACAGGAAGCAUGUUAAUGCAUGGUACGAGGAUAUCACCAAGAGAGCUGCUUGGAAGAAAGUUGUGAAUCUUAUGAAUUGAUUAAAUUGUAAGUUGUUCUACUCAAGGGG